GACCCGAAACAACACAACUUUCACUAUUUUUAACGACGUAUUCGCUUUCUUGUUAUUUCGAAGCUAUUUCGCUAUCACGUUUGGUCUCUUAACUUCUGCCACUUUUUUUGAAAACAGGUUUUACAGUCAGCUGGUGAUCAAUUAAAAGAUGGAAGCUUCUUCAGGGAAAAAAGUUGGGGAGAAUCCUCAAAAUGAAAUAAGUCAUGGAGCUUCAACCAAAAGUGACUGUCAUCAGCUUCCACAACCAACUGUUGAUACGGGUAACAAUCAUGAUACAGAUAGUGACCAGGGGACAGAGUUGGCUGAAAAUUUUCCUGUCCAUCUGACAGUGAGCGACCUGGAGGUAGAAAUUAGUGCAGGCAGCUCUGAGGGUUCUGGAUGCCAGCCAGUCAAAGAAAUGCCCACUGGAGAUCCAAAAUCAGUUUCCCCCAGAGGAGCAGGGAAACAAGAUAGUUGGGUGCAACAAGUUGGAAAGCCUGCUGAACACAGUGAUUACCAUAUAUAUCACAGCUUACCUUUGGGCCAAGAUACAGCGCCAAACUUAUUAACUGAAGAUUUUAGGGAAGCAAAAGAGGUUUACUUUAAGAAAUUACAAGAGGAAAAUAAGGAUCUUAAAAAGGUCGUAGAGAAGAAAGCUGGUGAGGUGAAGGCUUUGCAAAAAGAGAUUGAGGAAAGCUCCACCCGAGAAUCAGAGAAGAAUGAGUUGAUCAAAAAACUGCAACAGAUGUAUCAGUGGAAGGAGGGUGAAUGCAAUAAAUUAAAGGAGGACCAAGAGAAUCAGGCCAGGCAGAUAGAGGCUCUUGAAAACAAAGUUCAGGACCUGGAGAAGGAAACUGGUCAGGUGGAGGAUUUGGAGAGUAAGAUUGAGUCUCUUGAGAAGCAAUGUGAACAAUUUAAAACAGACAACGGCAACUUACAUCAAAAUGCUAUGUUUCUUGUCAAGGAAUUAAGAGAAAAGACGGAAGAACUUGACAUUGUUUCCCAGUACAAACAGGAAAUUCAGAAUUUGGAGCAAUUUAGAGAUGAAGUCCUUCAUAGCCUUCAAGAUGCACGGACAGAACGUGAAACGUUUGAGCAACUUUUAGAGGAAAGUGCUGCCAGAGAAGACGAGAAUAAUGAGUUGAUAAGAAAACUAGUACAGAUGAUCCAGUGGAAGGAGGCUGAAUGUAAGAAAUUAAAAGAGGACAUUCAAGAACAAGAUCAGGAAACUCUAAAGGGUGGUGAGGUAAUAAACUUUGUCACGGAUAAGCUGAAUAAAUGUCGAGAAGAAUACCAAAAAAGGGUACAGGAAGAAGCAACGCAAGCAUUUCUGAAAGCUAAGACCAAUACAACGAAGAAAAUGGAACAUAUGUUGGCGAAAGAAAAGCAGAGAGUGAAAACUUUGAAACGUUCCAUCGCAGAGGAAAAAAUCAAGAGAGAAAGAUUGAGUAAAAGGAAUAAAGAUCUGUGCAAGAGAAAUCGUCAGAUGUGGGCUCGUGUCAAUAACUUGGGUGUAAAGGCUGUGAGAAACUUUCCAACUGCCGGUACAUCCAGAUGUUUGGAGGCAAGAGAUGAUGAACAGUCAUGGAGCACUAGAAAUCGUCAGCUGUGGGCUCGUGUCAAUAAUUUGAGUGCAAAGAAGGAGAGAAACUGUACGUUUGCUGGUACAUCCAGUUGUGGUGAGGCAAGUGGUGACGAGCAGUCAUGGAGCACUGUCUCAGAUGAAGAGGAAACUGUUGAAAGCCCGCCUGAGAGACGACCAUCUGGUACUUAGAGAACAACAGCUUCUAUUUUGUUCUCCUUUAUUGUUAAGCUACAACAACUGCGGAAUUAGUAAACCUUCUUAACUAGAACCUCCCUCAAUUACGCGUCCUCCUCCUUUUUAGUAGAAAUUGUGAAUUAGCUCCCGGACGCUCAUCCGCGGAAGUGCAGUGUAUAUGUUUGUUUGUUUGUUUUUUUUUAAUUCCUUGGAAAUUGAAAAAUAAGAAGUAUAUUCGUAUCGUAGAUUGGUUUAGUAAUACCUGAAAGGUAUCGUUGAAUAUGUGAAUGAUAAUAGAGACUUUCAGCGUGAAGAAUUAAUCAAUUACGUUUGAAAAGAGUUUACCCUUCGUCAUAUUUGCUAGAGUUUUUAUUUAGGAUAAUAAUUAAUUACGAUUUAAUAAGGAUUGUCCUGGCUGGACGUUAAAAAUGCUGAUUGUUUCUUGGUGCUGAUAGAGUUUAAGGCGUAAAAAUUAACUGUUUUGUGACUGUAGUUAUUUUUAAUUAAUGGUAUCAUAAGUGAGUUAUAGAUAAUAGCUGUAUUAUAAAUAUCUAGGAAUUUCUAUGCUGACGUGCAUGCUAUGGAACUUUCUGGAUCGUAAUUAUGAUGUAAUGCUACCAAAAUAGUCAUGUUGUAAGCUUCCGGGAUUCUCUAGAAUGCUUUGUAAUUGUACAUAAGGACUUAGUCGCGUAGUAUGAGUUGUUGUUGUUGUUAUGAAAUAUUUGUAAAGCUUUACCGAGAGAGAGUUAGAGUGGAAUAUUGUUCAUUCCAAGGAACUUUGGAGAAAACUGUAAGUUUGUCAGUAGUAAAGUUAAUAGGAAAAUAUGUAGUGUUCUUUCUGUAGCGUAGAUUAUAGCGUGACAUGAGAUAUAAAAAUAUAUGCUGGUAGACGGCUUUUCUUGUCAAACUUCA